UGCUGGGCUCAGUUGUGCAUGGAGGAAGCUGAGAACGAGCAAGUUUUGGUAGCUGGGGUGUUUGGUGUGAAGUAGCAGGGCAGUGUGAGAAUUUGGGUGAGGUCAUUAAUGCUUUGGAGGUGGGUGAGGUGAAUGUGGUAUCACCAAAACAUCUCGGUGACAGAGCUCAGAAAGGCUUGGCAGGUGAUUCGGGCUAGAGGCUUUGUCAUGGCAGAAAACCCACAGCCUGCGCCUUCUGAGCGCACCCUGCACUGUUCAGAGCUGUCCUCAAAGGAAGGGAGAAAGGGAAGGAGAUACCGUGCUACCUGGUGCUGGUGGGGGGAAUCAUGUCGUGGGGCUAGUUCAGGUGAGUGAAAAUAGAAUGAGCAAAAUCCCAAAACAACAUGACUGUGACCAUCCUGAUUGAAUCCCAGGCUACGUGGUAGCAGGUCAGUGGUCCAUUUCUGGUUGGAUGGUGUGGUGUUUUCUUUAGCACAAGAAAAAGUAAGCGUGGUAUUUUCAUUAUGCUGGGGCACCACCAUAGUACAGCUGGAUUUUGUGACACAGCAGCUUCUGUAAGGAAGACAGGAUCUUAGAAAAGGAUUUAACGAAGAUCUCAGGCAGUUAAAGCCUGGGGGACUUGCAGUGUGUAGUCCUUGAUAGCAGUGGAUUGUUGCUAUGACUGGCAGUUCUAUGUUUUUCUAGCAAGCAUUUUAAGCCAGGAUUUCAACUAGAGCUGUGGCUGCUUUGCUUUGGAGGAGAGAGUAUAGCAGGUGACUCUGGAGGUGGGAGAAACUGCAGAGCUAUCAGGGACAAACCAACCGAGCAGCAUUAAAGAAGAGAUUGUACUCUAUCCUUGGAACCUGGAGGAGAGCAUGCAAAUAAAAAACUGGGCUCAGAACAGUUAAGAGGAAAGAGGGAGGGAAGAACAGGAGGAAGUACCAGCAGCGGAAGGUGGCUGCAGAUGGAUGGAGAGUGAUUCAGCAGGGAAGGAAGUUCUCAGUAGAUGCUCCUAAAUGAAACAAUAAAAGCCUGUGAGAAGUCUGCUAGUUCUUUUGCAUUUCUUCUGGUGAAAUCUCCCUGUCUUUUAGGAGUGGGAAGACAACUUAGGUUUGAUGUUUUGUGUGCCAUCAACUGAAACUGGGGCCAUCAUGAAUAUAACGAAAGGUGGACUGGUGCUGUUUUCAGCUAAUUCCAAUUCUUCAUGCAUGGAACUAUCAAAGAGAAUUGCUGAGCGAUUAGGAGUUGAGAUGGGGAAGGUUCAGGUUUAUCAAGAGCCAAACAGAGAAACGAGAGUACAAAUUCAGGAGUCUGUGAGAGGAAAGGAUGUGUUUAUCAUCCAGACAGUUUCAAAGGAUGUGAAUACUACGAUCAUGGAACUCCUGAUCAUGGUGUAUGCCUGUAAAACAUCCUGUGCCAAAAGCAUUAUUGGAGUGAUUCCUUACUUCCCCUACAGCAAACAGUGCAAGAUGAGAAAAAGAGGCUCCAUUGUUUCUAAAUUACUGGCUUCAAUGAUGUGCAAAGCUGGACUAACUCAUCUUAUUACCAUGGAUUUACAUCAGAAGGAAAUACAGGGCUUCUUCAAUAUUCCAGUUGAUAACUUGAGAGCAUCUCCAUUUUUACUGCAGUACAUCCAAGAAGAGAUACCAGACUACAGGAAUGCUGUAAUUGUGGCCAAAUCACCUGCGUCUGCAAAGAGGGCCCAGUCAUUUGCUGAACGUUUACGGUUGGGAAUUGCAGUGAUUCAUGGGGAAGCUCAGGAUGCUGAGUCUGACAUGGUGGAUGGUCGACACUCACCGCCCACAGCCAAGAACGUAGCUGCUAUUCAUCCCAGUUUGGAGAUACCCAUGCUGAUUCCCAAGGAAAAACCACCCAUCACAGUUGUUGGAGAUGUAGGCGGAAGAAUAGCUAUCAUCGUGGAUGACAUUAUAGAUGAUGUUGACAGCUUUCUUGCUGCAGCAGAGACCCUCAAGGAGAGGGGGGCUUACAAGAUCUUCGUAAUGGCCACACACGGCCUGCUGUCUUCGGAUGCUCCCAGGCUGAUAGAAGAAUCUGCAAUUGAUGAAGUGGUUGUUACAAACACGAUUCCACAUGAAAUCCAGAAACUGCAGUGCCCUAAAAUCAAGACUGUGGAUAUCAGCAUGAUCCUCUCAGAAGCCAUUCGCAGGAUCCACAACGGGGAGUCCAUGUCGUACCUUUUCAGAAAUAUUGGACUGGAUGAUUAAAGCUUUCUAAUUUAAAUAAACACCUUGGGCCAAACUGGAAGUGAGAAGAUAACGAGCUGUGAAGCAUCAUGCUUACUUAAUAUUUCUAUUGAGCCACGUUUUGUUUUCUCUUGGUUGAAGUAUCAAAGUAGAACAGUUUUUUAAGAGCUGUUUUUUUUUCUUUGCAGUUUUUUGGGGGGGGUGAAAAGUGGUGAGAGAGGGAGGGAGGUGGGCAGACGUUUUACAGAAAACUGUUCUAGUUGCUUAUAGGUUAGUUGCACUAUAUACAUGGUGGAAAAAAACCCACAGAACACUUGAAGCAAGAAUUUGGCUUCUAAACUAAGCAUUCCUUUUCCAAAGCUGCUUGCUGCAAGUGCUUUAAAAGAUAAUAAAAUGAAGUGACUGUAUAAUAUUUGCAUUUAAAAAGCCAAAAAGGUUGUACUGUUGUAUGCAGUUAAGUGAUUUUGUAGGAGUGCUUUUCUAUAAAGCAUAUGAAGAUAUGCACCUGUAUUUAUUUUCUGCGACAAAGAAUAAAGAUUUGUUUUGUGUGAGCUUUCUAAAAA